UUUAGUCCAAACUAAAUAUGGCUGCAGAAGUGGAAACUUCGGCCGCCGCUGAUAAAACAUCAGCAAAUGCUGAAGAAUUGGAGAACUAUUAUCUAAUGCUCGAAGCGGGCAAUAUACCAGAGCUGCAAUGGCAAUUCCCUGGACGUCGCCCGCCUUCGCCGGACGCCAAUGCCGGCAGCAACAAUAAGGAAUUGGAAACCGCGGCCGAGACUGUGGAACAAGAACCACAGAAGGCAAACGAUUUUGAUUUCAGCGACGAUGUUGCGCCCACUCAAAUGCGUGUACGCAGCCAGACUUCGACGCCAAAGUCCGCCAAAAAGAAGACGGCCAACUUUGCCGGCGUUAUGGAGACGCUAAAGAAGAAGAAGACUGAGGGCUCCUAGCAUACAAUAACGCUGCUACUUAGACGAUAAGAGAAUAUGUAUGCAGAUAUGUA